UUUGGAUACAUAAUCGAGGUAAUAUUCAGAACUCAGAAGAGUCCUUCCCACCAUCUAGCCAGCUCCUCCUGUCGCGGCAGCUGCCGGAACGCGAUCGUCUCCCUGCUAAAUCUCUCACUAUUCGAAGACUGGCCCAAACCCAAACUACUACUACCCAUCCCGUAUUUCAACGCCUAUAGCCUAACACCAUACCCACCUUUCUUCUUGAUUCUCUUAUCGAUUCAACAUUUCCUGCUCUCUCAGUCAUUCUAUCAAACACUUACCAAAUUGCGCCCCUUUGGUCGCAAGAUAAGCCCUCAUAAACAAUGUUUCGAAGGGCUUUCCCCUUUUUCUUUAUUGUACAUCGAUAUCAUUGUGAGCUUCACCGGAUGAUAAUUCUUCAUGGGGUUCCUUUUCAGGUCGAUUUGGGAGUUAUCGUCUCGUCGAUCAGUGAGGAGAAUCCCUAGGCGGGUUACAUCUCAGCCUAUACCGUCAAUCAUUUCUUCAAGGAAGAAAUUUUCAACCUCGUUCCAGAAAAAUGCCCCCCAAAAAGCUGGUUCCAAUGGUAGUCCACCUGAAUCAAAAAGUGUUUUCCCAAAAGUUCUACUGGGAACCACAGUUGUUGCUGGUGCUGCUCUGUUAGCAUACCAAUCAGGUUAUUUAGACCAAUUUAUUACUAAAGAGCAGGAAGGCUUAGCUAGGGUUGGCAUUGAUGAUAAAGAGGUAAAGGAAACCCAACAUUUCGGAGAGCAAGUGGUUGUCACCGGCAAAGAAGAACCUGGCAACUUAAGUCACAGUUUGGAGCAGUCUGGAGAAAAGGUUGAAAGUCAGAUAGAUGUCCCUCAAGUUGAAGCUCAGCAGAAGGCUGAAACUCGUAUAGAUCUUCCUCAUGUUGAAACCAAAAACAAGGAUGAAACUCAUGGAGAUCUUUCUCAUGUUCAAGCUGAGGAGAGGAUUGAAUCACAAAAAGGCAUUCAUCAUCAUGAAGCCUCAAGGGAAACACCAGUUAUAGACCAGCCCAAUAUUCAAGAAAAAUAUGGUGCAGCCCAAGAUGAAUCAGUUGCUGUUAAAGAGAGACAAGUACCAGGAUUUUCUCAAAAUAUAAAUACUGAACAUAGUCUUGACAAGGUCGAGAAACAAUCUGAAUCAAAAACUUAUAGAGAAACGGGUGAGGGUGUUCAAGUUACACAAGAACAAAACCAGGUCAAGUUGGUUCCUGGAGAGGGUGAAAUGAAAACAGUGCCACAGCAUCUUGCUGCAGAAGACAGACCGGAGGCUGCAUUAAGUAAAGGUACAGAAGCAGCAAGUUUACUUGACGCUUACCAUCUCAAGGAUAGGGCUGAAGAAAGCAUUGCAACAGAGGGGCCAGGAGAAGAGGCUCUUCUUAGUGCCAUAGAGGAAUUCAACGAUAGCUUUAUAACAAAAGAUGGAAAGUUGGUUAUGAGUUUUCUUGAAGCAAUUCAUGCGGCUGAAAAGAGGCAAGCUGAGAUGGAUGCCCAUACCUUUGCUGAGGAGAAAAAAGCUUUGAAGGAGAAGUACGAAAAGGAAUUGAGAGAUUUAAGAGCUAGAGAACUUAUGCGUGCAGAAGAGGCGGCAAUACUUGAUAAGGAAUUAAAAAGAGAGCGAGCAAAAGCAGCAGCUGCCAUCAGAACACUUCAGGAAAAGAUGGAAGAAAAACUCAAGAUGGAACUUGAACAAAAGGAAAACGAAGCAGAAAUGAGUCUGAAAAAGUUCCAGGACCUGGCAAAAGCAGAAUUGGCUGCAGCAAUCGCAAGUGAGAAGGCUGCACAGAUUGAAAAGAUGGCUGAAGCGAAUCUCAAUAUUAAUGCCUUGUGUAUGGCAUUCUAUGCACGAUCUGAAGAGGCUCGUCAAAUUCAUUCUGUUCACAAGCUUGCUUUGGGAGCACUUGCAUUAGAAGAUGCACUUUCCAAAGGACUUCCAAUUCAGAAAGAGCUAGAUUCUCUGAACACUUAUCUAGAAGGCAUAGAUAAGGACUCUCUUGUGCAUUUGGUUUUAUCAACCCUUCCUGAAGACACUCGAUACCAUGGUACAGAUACUCUGUUACAAUUGAAUCAGAAGUUCAAUGCAUUGAAAGGGACACUACGGCAUUACAUUCUGAUCCCAGCCGGUGGUGGCGGCAUAUGGGCUCAUGCAAUGGCACACAUUGCGUCCUGGUUGAGGUUUAAGGAAGUUGAUCCAUCCGGUGAUGGGAUUGAAUCUGUUAUUAGCAGAGUCGAAAGUUUCCUAGCCGAGGGAAAGCUUGCUGAAGCAGCUGAUGCCCUUCAAGAAGGACUCAGAGGCAGCAAGGCAGAGGAGAUAGCAGAUGAAUGGGUGAAGCGAGCAAAGAAUAGAGCUAUCACAGAGCAGGCUCUAACAGUACUUCAGUCAUAUGCUGCUUGCAUAAGCCUUACCCAAUAAUACAUCUGAUUAAGGAGCAAUCUCUCAUAAUUGAUCUAGCAUUUAUGCGUGCAACAGUGUGGUUUUUCCCCUGAUAAUUCCCCACACAAAGAAUAUGAGGAGUUUAUUACUGACCAUCUCAAAUUUAUAAUAGAUUUUUCAAUCAUUAUGACACCAAAAUUGUGUAGAUUGUCCACAAAUCUGAGAAUAAAAUUUUGUUUUCCGUUGCGCGAAAGUGUUUUUCGUGUUCUUUUUCCUGAGACGUGAGAUUGAGAGGAUGAACUGUUAACAAUUUGUUUCCUUUAUUACUUUGUUAAUGAGAAGUAUAUGGUGCCAUAUGAUGAUGGCAUUCACA